AUGGAAGCCAUUUUACUCUUGGUUUUUGCCUUUCUAACCCCAGCAUUUUGUAAACCUUAUACAAAAUAUGAAUCAAUCUUCGGCUUUGGCGAUUCACUUACCGAUACCGGGAAUUUGUUACUCUCGGGAGCCCUCAAAUUCCCGGUGAUCGGACAAUUACCCUACGGCGAAACUUUUUUCCACCGUGCCACCGGCCGAUGCUCUGAUGGCCGCCUCAUAAUCGAUUUUAUUGCUGAGGCAUAUGGAUUGCCUUAUAUACCACCAUACUUAGCAGUGGCCAAGGAUGAUGAGAAAUUUGAGCAUGGGGUUAAUUUUGCUGUAGCUGGGGCCACAGCUGUAGAUGCUAAAUUCUUUUACAACCUCAAAAUUGGACAGAUUUUGUGGACAAAUCAUACGUUAAAUGUUCAACUUGCCUGGUUCAAAAACCACAAAUCCAACCUUUGCUCUUCCACCAAACAAGGAUACAGUCGCCGGUUUUCAGAGGUCGAUACAACACCUCUUCCACCACCACGCGCCGCCGGUUUCGCUCCUCUCUGUGGUGGUUCGCCUUCACGAGUGAAUGAGGCAACAGGGCGGCGUUUUGAUUUCAACCACUACAUGUCGGCCGGCCACCGCCCUUGA